ACACGUACUUAAAUCUAAACUUAAGAACAUCACCGCCACCCUCAUGGAUAAUUAUCAUACUCGAUAUUCAGUCAUUUUCAACAACACAAAUUGGACGCAAACGCCUAUCUCGAUCGUCCUCCUUGUAUAUAGACUCCAUGAGUAUAUGCAAAAGCUGUAAAAAGUGUUAAAGAGUAUUGAAUUAAAGUGCCGUGUGAACCCUUUGAGAUAUAAGUAUUCAAUAAAUGAUAAUAAACUAAGUACGGUUUAUGUAUUUACGGUGUUUAAUACGCAUUUAUACAAGCAAUUGUUGAUAUGGAAAAUAUACCGGGAAAUGAGAAUCAAGGAACACAACAUAGGAUGGAUAUUAAACAGAUGUCCCAUCCAAUGCCAUCURUGAUGGGUAUGACUUCUAAUCAUCAUACUUCAAAUAUGAUGGAACCACCAAAAACGUUACCUAGUUUAUUAAGCUUAAAAGUAACACCACCAACGGAAUUAAAACAUCAAAGUGGUAUAGAGGAUACAGUACGAGAGGAAGAUAAUGAGACAGUWAAACUUCCAGCUGCCUUGGAACAAGCUUUAGCGUUUAAAACGGAAAGGGCUAAGGAAGUAGGCGGUGAUCCAAAUGAUAURGUCUCUUUAGGCAAAUCUACCAAUGACGAAUCUACCGGAGACGAUGGACCUCCUCACUUGGAAGAUWUAUUGGAACCAGAAACAACCAUUGAAAAAGUCGAUUCAAAGGCAACUAAAAGUAAAAAGAAAAAAAAGAAGAAGAGGAAGAAGAGUACUAAUGAGAAGAAAGAGUUAGAGAGGAAGCAAGAACAAAUAGAAUAUAGUAAAUCAAAAGAAGAUCAACCAGAGAUAGAGUAUAUUCAAGAAAUUCCCAGUAUAAACGACUUGGAGCCGAUGUAUCGUCAAUUUGCUCGAGUUUUUGAAGCAUUUAAAUUAACCGAACCAGAACCUCAUCCUAACGAUGCUGCGGAUAAGGGCGAACCAAUUGGUCAAUAUCCACCUGUUACUAGUAUGCAAACAACGGGUAAUGUACCCAGUAAAAUACCACCUUUGGAUGACUUUGAUGACGAUGUAGGCCAGCAACAGCAACAACAGGGUACCGGAGAAAAUGGUGUUCCACGAUUAUCUAAAAGAAAAUUGAAGAGAUUAACGCGACUGAGUGUCGCAGAAUUAAAACARUUGGUAGGUAGGCCCGAUGUUGUAGAAAUGCAUGACGUUACUGCCAGAGAUCCAAAACUUCUUGUACAACUUAAAGCACAUCGUAACACCGUACCUGUGCCUAGACAUUGGUGUUUUAAAAGAAAAUACCUACAAGGAAAACGAGGUAUUGAAAAACCUCCUUUUGAUUUACCUGAUUUUAUAAAACGUACUGGAAUAACAGAAAUGAGAGCAAGUUUGCAAGAGCGCGACGACACUCGUACUUUAAAAGCAAAAAUGCGCGAGAGAGCAAGACCCAAAUUGGGUAAAAUUGAUAUAGACUACCAAAAACUUCAUGAUGCAUUUUUUAAGUGGCAAACCAAACCGCGCAUGACGAUCCACGGUGAUCUGUAUUACGAAGGUAAGGAAUUUGAAACUCGACUUAAAGAAAARAAACCUGGUGAAUUAUCCGACGAGUUACGUACGGCAUUAGGGAUGCCUGUAGGACCGAACUGUCAUAAGGUACCACCACCAUGGUUAAUUGCUAUGCAACGUUACGGGCCACCRCCAAGUUAUCCUAAUCUUAAAAUACCAGGCUUAAAUGCUCCAAUCCCAGAAGGAUGUGCCUUUGGAUAUCAUGCUGGUGGUUGGGGAAAACCACCUGUUGAUGAGACAGGUAGACCUUUAUACGGAGAUGUUUUUGGUGUGUCUCGUACACCGGGCAGCGAUGCUUUAGAUGAAGAAGUAGAUAGAGGCAUGUGGGGUGAGCCUGAAUCUGAAUCAUCUGGAGAUGAAGAAGAAGACGAAGAUGCGGAAGAAGGUGGAGAU